GAGUGGGGGCUCGGGUUUUUUGUUGGUGGGGUGUUCUUUUCUCCUCCUGUGGGGGUGUGUGUGGGAGGAAGGCAGGCUGAGAGCAGAGAACUGAGCAUUUCCUCUCCUCUCCAGCCCUGCCUUUGUGCAGGGCAAGGGGCAGCUGUUGCUGCCUGAUUGAUGAGUGAUUUACAGCCCCAGCCUUUGAAAGUGCUGCUGUUUCCUCUCCCCAUCACCACUCACUCCUCUGCUGAGCUGCAGCACAGGAACUUCAUCCUGUCCCCUGCUUACAAAGCCACUUCUGUACAGACCAGAGUUCCUCUGAGGUCACUUAAAACAGUUCUGGUGGUCCCAGCACAGGAGCAGCGACUCAGGUGAGUCAGGAAUGACCACAAGACAGCCCUUUGGGGUUCCUCUGAGGUGGCUCGUGCUGCUGCUGGGCUCUGAUGUGCUUGUUGUCACCUUUUGCCCUUCUCUUUGGUGGCUGCAGAGUGUUCUGGGUCUGUCAGAGAUCUCAGGGCCUGUGAAUCAGAGUGCAGAGAGCUCAUGUUUUUCUUUAAUUUUUUUUUUUUUUUUUUUUUUUUGGUCUUUUUUAACCACUCCAACCUCAGGUCCUGCCUGCUUGCCCAGGCAAUAAAUACACCCUGGGUGAGCUGUGGGGGUUUUCCACGUGAGUGACACCAGAAUCUCUGUCUGUUUGGGUUAUGAAGUGACUGUUGCAAUGUCAGGUUACAGGGAGGAUGAAGAUGUUGGCUUGUGAAGCUCACAGAACAAACAAUACCUGGGUUAGACACUCCUGCAGUGGGAGCUGAGGUGCUGAAAACCAGCCUUUCCUCUGACCACAGGCACUGAGUGAGAGAUCCUGAUGGACAGCAUGGAAAGGAAAAGAGCAACGUGACAGAACUCACCACUCGGGUGUCAGACUCCCCACAGAGGAGCUGAGCAGGGACCUGGUGGCUGUGAGGACCCUGGAGGGGCCACUGAACUCACCUACAGCUUUUGCUCUGAGCUCUGUGGCACUGCUUUCCAUCUGAGCAGCUCUGAAGCCCAGACCUCGCCAGGCUGAACAUCUGUGGUGCAGCUUUAGCUCUGGCUCAUCGAGAUGAACUAAAACUCCGGGACCUCCUGAGGUGAGGGAUGGAUUGAGGCUCUCACCUCGUUUUGGGUAUCCUCCUCUCCAGCAGAGACCAUGGCAGGCGUUUCCUGGGCCUCCAACGAGACAGUUGCCAGCGGCAGCUCAGAGCAGCUCUGGCUGGAAGGAGAUUUCCAGCAUUCCUUGUUCCCUGUCGCCUACGGCGUCGCCUUCGUGCUGGGGCUGGUGGGAAACACCCUGGCCCUGUACCUGCUGUCCUGCAGAGUGAGGCACCUGUCCCACUCCUCCAUCUACCUGCUCAACCUGGCCCUGCUGGGCACCCUGUUUGUCUGGGUGCUGCCUCUCAAAAUCCACUCCCACCUGCACGGGAGCCGCUGGGUCUUCGGGGCCGCCGCCCGCCGGGUGGCGGGGACCCUGUUCCACGUCCACAUCCACCUCAGCACCGCCCUCCUGGCCUGCAUCUGCGUGGACCGCUACGUGGCCGUGCUGCACCCCCUCACCUACAUCCGCAUCAGGGCCCCCCACCGCGUGCUGGUGGCCGCGGCCCUGUGGGUGGUGGCCCUCGGUGUCGCCGUCCCGCUCGCCCUGAGGGGUCCCCUCCUCAGCCGGGGCGUGGGGAACAACACCACGACCUGCUUCGAGGGUUUCCCCGCGGGCAGCUGGGCCCGGCGGGCGGCCCCUCACGACGUGCUGGCCGUGGUGCUGGGGUGUGGGGUGCCCUUCUCCCUCGCCCUGGUGGGGUGGCCGCUCGUGGCCGGAGGGAUCUCGCGCGCCAAGCGCGGCGCGUCCAGGAGGAGGGCCCUGGGCACCGUCUGCAUCGCCCUGGCCAUCUGCGCCCUGUGCUUCCUCCCCCACCACCUCACCCACCUGCUGAGCUUCCUGGUGAGGGUCCAGGUCAUCCGGGACGAGUCAUUCUCAGCCCUGAUCUGCAGGAUGAGGAGGGUCAGCCUGGCCCUGGUGAGCCUCAGCUGCUGCCUCACCCCGCUCCUCUGCUACUACAGUGCUUCCAGCAAGCACUGCCACUGCAGCUUCAGGCUCAGGUUCAGGUCUAAAAAGGUGUUCACCAUCUGUGACCGGAAUUUUGGGGAGCCCUCCCGUGAUUAUAAACUCUGGCAGAGAUGUGGAAGCAAAAACCCGGAGACGGAGUCAACUGGUUUGCCUCAGACCCACGUGGCUUCUGAGAACCCGCUGAGUUUUCCACCCUGAGACCGGGGAGAGGAUUUUUCAUCUGUGGGUGAUCCGAGGCACCAGAAAAACCACAGGCCCUGGCUGACAACCCAGGUUUACUUCAGAGGGAUGAGGGUUUUUGGGGUAAGAGAUGCAGAGAGUCUCUGCUCUGCUCCUCCCCACAGGCCACCCCAAAACUGUCAGGCUGCCACGUGCAAACCCUGGCACUGGGGAGGCAAGGGAGGCUCAGAGGGAGAAUUAGCACCAAUUAAUCCUUCACCUUCCAGGAGACAUUGCUAUUUUUAUCCCAUUUCCAGACUCUGGAAAAUCCUCCCAGCACUGGAGGAGGGGAGGGGGGAAUGGCUCUUAUCAGCUGAGCACAAUCUUUAUGCUCUGCAAAAAGGAAGGAAAAUGUUUUUAGAGCCUCCAUGCAGGAGAGCAGCUUUCCUGGAGGCUUCUCAGCUGUCCCUGAGGGAAGGAGGGAGAAUUAAAAUGAGUUUUGCUGCUUGGCAAUCAGCACACUUAGGGCUUUAUUCCUUUACCUCCAUCCUACUCUGCAUUUUAAUUGUUUCACUCAGCACUGCUGAGAUUUUUAAGGGCAGUGAGCUGUGGGAGGGAAGAACACUGAGUAACUUUUGCUUUACUGUGUAAGCAACUCAGAGCUUGUUCCUCAGGACUGUUUAAAAACAGGCUGUACCAACUCCCUGCCCGGCUUUCCAAGGGGGAAGAUCACAGUGCUGGUGACAGGCAGGCACUGGCACUGCAGUAACUGGACAAACACUGUAAUUCUUUUAUUAAAACAAACCAGAAAAAAAAAACAUUGACAAAGUAAACAAAAUAAAAUCUAAGUCUCUGUAACGCCCUGUGCUCUGCUCUGCCCUCAGGAUGUGCUCUGGGGCAGGCCUUUCUUCAGGAGGGAGGUGAGAUAACUGCCCAGCUCUUCAUCCUACAGAGGAGAAAGAGAAACGGGAUGAAAGCAAAAAUCUUCCACCUGAGUGUCCCAUCUGGGGCAGUAAAUUCAACUGUGGUACCCAGAAAGAGGCUGAAAUAAUUCUUGGACCCUGCAGGAUCUAAUGUUCAAAAAUGGAACAUUCCAAAAAUGGAAUUAUUUCAAAAUAUUGGUGUAAAACUCCUGUUUGUCGAAGGAGGUGGCUGGACCUGAGGGGUCUCUUUGGAGGAAAAGCAUCUUUUUUCUGGAAAGCAAAAGGACUAAAGAACCAUUGAUGGCAUCUUUGCCCUCAACUGGCAUUUCCUUGCUCUAAAGAAAGAAUUUAGUAAUACAGCCAGAGAAAAGUGUGCUUUUGAGAGGAAGAAAAUGUAAUGAAGAUCUAAUAAAACUGUGUUAAGAUUAGACACAGGCUUCAAGCAAGUAG